CCACCCCCGCAGUCCUAAUCUGCUGCUUGACUGUAGUGGACCUGCCUUGCUUCCCCCUAGCUUCUAGUCGUUUAAGAUUAGUAGACUUGCAACUGUUUUUUCUCCUCUUUACAAGUUUCAGUUUCGGUUUGACUUGCUGCUUUUCACUAAGUAAAACUUACAAAUCUGCUCCACCCCACCGCAGUCCUAAUCUGCAGCUUGACUCACUCUGCAGGAGUCCCAUCCUACAGCGAUCAUGACCCUGAUGCAUACUCCGGGCUCCAGACUUGGACAGUUCUGCGUGCUGAUCCUCAUCUUCACAGUGCUGCUGCAGGUUUUUGGUAUGGGCGUGUUCUACAUGUAUCUCAGCAAGGAGCUGAAGCAGAUACAGGACAAAUACUUUAAAAAUGGCUUGGGUUGCUUCUUGGAGGAAGAUGACCGUUCCUGGGACUCCAGAGAUGAAGAGAGUAUGAUCAAUCCCUGCUGGGAACUAAAGUCACAACUCCAUCUGUUUGUUAAAAAGAUGGCUUUGAGAACCUUUGAGGAAAUGAUUCCUACAAAUCCAGAAAAGCAAUAUAAUCCUUACCUGGACAGAGAAAAGGGUCCUAAGAGGGUAGCUGCUCAUAUAACUGGAAACAAUCGGAAAAGAAGUACGUUGCCAGUUCCAGGCUCCAAGAAUGAAAAAGCUGUGGGCCAUAAAAUAGAUUCCUGGGAGUCGUCAAGAAAAGGACAUUCGUUCUUGAAUAAUUUGCACUUAAGGAAAGGAGAGCUGGUUAUCCUUCAAACAGGAUUUUAUUACAUCUAUUCCCAAACAUACUUUCGAUUUCAGGAACCUGAGGAAGUUUUGGGAACUGUUUCAACAGAAGAGACCAGAAAAAAAAGCAAACAAAUGGUACAAUAUAUUUACAAAUACACAAGCUAUCCUGACCCUAUACUGCUGAUGAAAAGUGCUAGAAAUAGUUGUUGGUCUAAAGAUUCAGAAUAUGGACUCUAUUCCAUCUAUCAAGGAGGAAUAUUUGAGCUUAAGGAAAAUGAUCGAAUUUUUGUCUCUGUAACUAAUGAACGAUUGGUUGACCUGGACCAAGAAGCCAGUUUCUUUGGAGCCUUUUUAAUUGGCUAAAUGAUCUAUUAAGAAAAAACAGUGCCCCCAGAAUGACCUUUCACUUUUCAGAGCGACGUACUUCAAACACAUGGUGGAAGUAAGGCAGCCUGAGCAGAAUGACUUCAACCAAAAGAUCAACAUCACAAGCGUUUUUGGUGUCCUGGAUCCUUUACCACUCAGCUCCCUGGGAAGCCCUCCCCACCUUACCAUCAGAAGGUUCUCAAUUGAGAAAUAAUUGUGUAGCAAUCAACAUCUCUGCUUCUUUACCAUCUACUCCUGUGAAGAUACCAGAGACUGAAAGGCCAUGGACAUUGCAUGCAGCAUGCGAACGGAGUGGCACAGUGCAGGGCCGCGUGGGGGCUGUCCCGGACUCUCCACUUGGAAACAAGAGAAUUCCAUUGUAUAGCUCCCUUGUCUGUUGUAACUUCUCCUUCUUUAUUUCUGAUUUCAUUUAGAUUUGAGUCUUAUUUAGAUUUUAUUUGAUUUGAGUCUUCUCCCUUUUUCUCUUGAUGAGUCUAAGUGAUGGUUUGUCAAUUUUGUUUAUCUU